AUGUCUUCCUCAACAGCCUCAUAUCCUUCCAACGGCUACAUGUCCCACGAAGAACACGAAAGCUCUCCAGAAGCCUUUUCUCUCUUUGACUACGCUAGAUCUAUGCACGAGCACACCAAAAAACAAAUGGAAGCUGCCGACAAAUCCGCACGCCGAAGAAGUGCCAAUUCUAUGGGGUCAAACACACACGCCACAUUGAGAACCGGUCACGAUGCCACCACUUCCAUGGAUAGCAGCAGUAGCAGUUCAAGUUCUGGUUCGCGAUAA